AUGCCGCAGAAAGGAACGAAGAGCACCCUUCUGGACCCCUCUCAGCCGCUGGAUGACACGCUGUUGCCAUGGCCCCAGCACCAGAACUCCAACGGGUUGAGGCGACAGAAACGGGACUGGGUCAUCCCACCCAUCAACGUGCCAGAAAAUUCCCGCGGGCCCUUCCCACAGCAGCUUGUGAGGGAAGUUGAUGAGUUUCCUGUCAGUGUUUCGGGGGAGCUUGCUCCUGAAAGAAGCCCAAAUCACGGCGAGCGUGAAUACAGCUUGAUGGGGAGCGGGAAGCUGAGUGUGGAGCACUUCGAGGCUACUUCCACACGAUUCCAGGGCGACGGGUCACGGAACACCAUGCUCCUGGUGUCCCACGUGCUGAAUCCCUCUGGAGGCCAAAGAGAGGGCCGGGCCAGGCGGGAAGGCACAGGCCUGUGUCCCUCGGCACCUGGGACCACAGGUGCUGGGGGCCGUCAGUCUUGCAGAGAGGAGGCCGUGUGUCCCGAGUCCAGCAGCUACGCGGUGCGGACAGGGGCGUCGCUGGCCCUGCUCUGCCGGUCACUGACUGGUAGAGAUCCCCAGUCGCUGUUCCAGGGCCCAGCCCCCUUUGAAGCCCCAGCAGGGCUGAUUCCCCACUAUAAGCUCAUCAGCCGUACCCACUCGGGGACGGCUGCAAACAAGACAGUGACUGAGGAAAAGCAGAGCGAGGUCCGCCGCCAUGCCCCGCACCCCCGGUCCAGCGUCCCUCCCGCCUCCUUCUCAGACCCGCCCGCCUCUCACCUGGAGGCAAGUUUGGCUUUGGGUGCAUGGGGGUUGACCUCCAGGGACACAGAGCAGGACCCAGCGGGCAAGCAGCAGCCUCAGCAGUUCAGGGAGAGGCCCGAGCUGCAGGUGCCAGUGUGCAAGCUGCCGCCACCCGAGCAAGAAACCACGAGGACGGACCAACGGACAGAGAAGAUGCUGGAGCUCAAACGGCCAAGCGGCAAAGACGACCCCUUCUGGAUCCGAUCUGACAAAGACAACGACAUUCCCAUCCGGUACAGCAUCACUGGCGUGGGUGCAGACCAGCCCCCCAUGGAGGUCUUCAGCAUCGACUCCAUGUCUGGCCGGAUGUACGUCACUCGGCCCAUGGACCGGGAGGAGCGAGCCUCCUACCAUCUCAGAGCCCAUGCCGUGGACAUGAACGGAAACAAGGUGGAGAACCCCAUCGACCUGUACAUCUAUGUCAUCGACAUGAACGACAACCGCCCCGAGUUCGUCAACCAGGUCUACAACGGCUCCGUGGACGAGGGCUCCAAGCCAGGCACCUACGUGAUGACAGUCACAGCCAACGAUGCUGACGACAGCACCACAGCCAACGGGAUGGUGCGGUACCGAAUCGUGACCCAGACCCCACAAAGCCCAUCCCAGAACAUGUUCACCAUCAACAGUGAGACAGGGGACAUCGUGACAGUGGCUGCUGGCCUGGACCGAGAGAAAGUUCAGCAGUACACAGUCAUCAUUCAGGCCACAGACAUGGAAGGAAACCUUAACUAUGGCCUCUCGAACACAGCCACAGCCAUCAUCACCGUGACGGAUGUGAAUGACAACCCGCCAGAAUUCACCGCAAGCACGUACGCAGGGGAAGUCCCUGAAAACCGGGUGGAGACGGUGGUGGCAAACCUCACCGUGAUGGACCGAGAUCAGCCCCAUUCGCCAAACUGGAACGCCGUCUACCGUAUCAUCAGCGGGGACCCCUCGGGGCACUUCAGCAUCCGCACGGACCCUGUCACCAACGAGGGCAUGGUCACCGUGGUGAAGGCGGUCGACUACGAGCUGAACAGAGCAUUCAUGCUGACCGUGAUGGUGUCCAACCAGGCGCCCCUGGCCAGCGGGAUCCAGAUGUCCUUCCAGUCCACAGCGGGGGUAACCAUCUCCGUCAUGGACAUCAACGAGGCCCCCUACUUCCCCUCAAACCACAAGCUGAUCCGCCUGGAGGAGGGCGUGCCCACCGGCACCGUGCUGACCACGUUUUCAGCAGUGGACCCCGACAGGUUCAUGCAGCAGGCCGUGAGAUACUCAAAGCUGUCGGACCCGGCAAACUGGCUGCACAUUAACGCCACCAACGGUCAGAUCACCACGGCGGCCGUCCUCGACCGCGAGUCCCUCUACAUAAAAAAUAACGUCUAUGAGGCCACCUUCCUGGCGGCGGACAACGGGAUCCCCCCGGCCAGCGGCACCGGGACCCUCCAGAUCUAUCUCAUUGACAUCAAUGACAAUGCCCCUGAGCUGCUGCCCAAGGAGGCGCAGAUCUGCGAGAAGCCCAGCCUGAACGCCAUCAACAUCACAGCCGCCGAUGCCGACAUGGACCCCAACAUCGGCCCCUACGUCUUCGAGCUGCCCUUUGUGCCGGCCACUGUGCGGAGGAACUGGACCAUCACCCGCUUAAACGGUGACUAUGCCCAGCUCAGCUUGCGCAUCCUGUACCUGGAGGCCGGAAUGUACGAUGUCCCCAUCAUCGUCACAGAUUCUGGGAACCCUCCCUUGUCCAACAUGUCCAUCAUCAAAGUCAAGGUGUGCCCGUGCGACGAGAAUGGUGACUGUACCACCAUUGGCGCGGUGGCAGCGGCUGGUCUGGGCACGGGUGCCAUCGUGGCCAUCCUCAUCUGCAUCGUCAUCCUGCUGACCAUGGUCCUGCUGUUUGUUGUGUGGAUGAAGCGGCGGGAGAAGGAGCGCCACACAAAGCAGCUGCUCAUCGACCCCGAGGACGACGUGCGGGACAACAUUCUCAAGUACGACGAGGAAGGGGGCGGCGAGGAGGACCAGGACUACGACCUCAGCCAACUGCAGCAGCCAGAGACCAUGGAGCAUGUGCUGAGCAAGGCCCCCGGAGUGCGCCGGGUGGACGAGCGGCCCGUGGGCGCCGAGGCCCAGUACCCGGUCAGGCCUGUGGUGCCCCACCCGGGAGACAUCGGCGACUUCAUCAACGAGGGACUCCGGGCGGCCGACAAUGACCCCACAGCACCCCCCUACGACUCAUUGCUGGUCUUCGACUACGAGGGGAGCGGCUCCACCGCGGGCUCCGUCAGCUCGCUGAACUCGUCCAGCUCCGGGGACCAAGACUACGAUUACCUGAAUGACUGGGGGCCCAGGUUCAAGAAGCUGGCAGACAUGUACGGAGGCGGUGAGGAGGACUAACCGGCCCCCUCCUCGGACCAAAACGAGAACAGCACUCGGACGGACGCCGGAGGAGCAGGACUGUGGGAGGCAGCUGGUCUUCCCAGCUUCCUGCGGACGUGUCAUUAGUGGUGUGUCAGGGGUCCCUCCCCGCCCCAGCCCCCCAACAUUGAGCUGUCUGGCAUGAACACUUCUCGCCCCGCGGCGCCCCGCCCACCACAGUAGCUGAGUUAGCAGUAAAGGGGAGCGAGAGGCACUCUGUCUUAACUUGAAUUUCUUAGAACAGAAGCACUGUUUUUAAAAAAAAAAAAAAAAAUGAAAGUGCCUUUUGGUACACGUAUCAGAUUCCCUCAAACUCAGGAGUGACUACAAGCAAAAGCAGAUAGACCAAGUCCCCAGCCC